AGAAAAAUAAAAUUUGAAAACAGAGGAGAAAUGGAAAUUGCAAAGCGUUUUGUUCUGGUUCAUGGUCUAUGCCUCUGCGCAUGGAGCUGGUACAGGACUAUUCCACUCCUCAAAUCCUCCGGCCACCGUGUAACGGCAUUGGAUCUCAGUGCAAGCGGGAUAAACCCCAAACAGCUCAACGAAGUUUCUUCGAUGUCCGAUUAUGUUCAGCCGUUGAUGGAACGCAUGGCCUCCCUACCAGAAGAAGAGAAGGUGAUUUUAGUUGGCCACAGUUACGGUGGCUUUGGCAUUUCCUUGGCCAUGGAGAAGUUUCCCCAGAAAAUCUCUGCCGCCGUUUUUUUUUUUUAACUAACCUUUCAGUAUCUGGAAACUACGUUGGGCCUGAUUAAUCCGGAAUCGAACCGAGUCGGACCCCAUAAGGCUCUGCCGCCGUUUUUGUAACGGCCUUCGUGCCAAACUCUGUAUCUCCACCAGCAACUCAAGUCCAGGAGUUCUUCAAGAGGAACCCUGCAGAGAGCUUGAUGGAUUCCCAGCUCUGGUUCGAUCAGGGGACAGAAAACCCCCCAACCUCUGCCUUCUUCGGACCAAAAUACAGAGCAACCAAUCUUUGCCAGAAUUGCAAAGCAGAGGACUUGGAAUUGGCAGGAAUAUUGAUGAGACCAAGUGGGCUAUUCCUGCCAGAUUUGGCAAAGCAAAGUCUACUAACGGAAGAGAAAUUUGGGUCGGUAGACCGGAUUUUUAUCCUCUGUGGUGAAGAUAAGGGGUUGAAUGAAGAAUUUCAGAGAUGGUUCAUUGAGAAGAGUCCACCCAAGGAAGUGAAGGUGAUAAAAGGGGCAGACCACAUGGUACCAUUGUCAAAGCCAAAGGAACUCUGCUCAUGUCUCUUGGAAAUUGCUGACAAAUUUAAUUAAGUACUAAUUGUUGAGUUAUGGUUGAAUAAUUUCACCAUCAGCUAUAUAACAUUGUUAUAAAGUUUUUUGUACUUU